GGGGUGGGAAUUAGAAUUGGAUUGCGGUGAUUACGUGACUCAAUACUAAUCAGAAUAUUGCCAAAACCCCAUUAAUAUCCGAAUACUGAUGUGCAUGUAAACAUAUUCAAUGUCAAAGUGUCUUUAGGGUCUUGUCCAUUUGAACAGAACCCUGUGUUCAAAUUGUUUUGGUCCCCUUUGGUUUGGGCAGGUGAGAACACAUCAAUUACAAUCAACUUCAGAACUAAAUUCAUGCAUAGUUCGACUUGCUUUUGGUUCAUUUAAUUAUGUGCAAUGUGAAAUAAAACUAAACAGACAGCAAACACACACGUUUCGCUCUGAUACGGGCUAAUACAUGUAAAAGCGCUCUUAUUAUCGGUACAUGUACAGGGGUCUCAUUCUCUCUCUCCCGCCCUCCCUCUCCUGCAGGCGACCCCGCUCUCCCCUCCUUCACUCCAAACCCACUGCACGCGCACUACAAAAUAUGGCGGAUUAACGUCACAUUUGAGGUAUUAGCCAAGUUCAAACGAGGUAACUUGCCACGUUUACCUACCCACCUUACUAUUAUUACAAUAUUUACAAUGUGUAAACAUGGCUUUACUACGUUCUCGAGGAAAAAUCUCUAAAACGCUAGCUAUAUGAGUAAACUGGGGAUGCUCUAGGUUUGCUAAGCUAGAGCAUAUAUGCAUUGCUAUUGUUGUUAGCCUAGCUAGGCAUCUGUUUUUAGCUAGGCUAGCUCAUAGACAUUCCCGUUGUUGUUGUUGUUAGCCUAGCUAGCCUACCAUCGCUGGUGGACUGGUUUUUGUUAGCCUAGCGCUUAGCUAGCUCAUAGAAACGGUUGUUGUUGUUAGCCUAGCCUAGAUAAGCGAGAUUGUCCUCGAGCGUGUGACGUACCAGCAUAUAUUACUGAUGCGCACUGCUCACUGAACCGGAUACUUCUGGGUUGCCUAAGGAUGUCUUAUAAACAGUGUCUCAGUGCAGCGAAAAUAAUAUAUAUGUAGAUAUUUUAUGGUGUAAUUAUUUAGUUUGGUAGCCCUGACUGACGAGGUUUAAAUCAAACUUACGAGACACGUGACGCUAAUAACGUUAGCUGUCUCUUUGGUGCGUGUAGUUCCCAUGACUAUUUGCGAUAUGAACGUUUACAAUUUUUCCGGGUUUUGAUUGUCUUUCCACUAUUAUCGAUUUUUAAACCAAUUAAUUUGUUUAACUGUUCGUAAUAAAAACAGCCAACAAAACGGUUCUUUACUAACAGCUCCUGGGUGCUUGCCCUUUAUUGGAGCCAGUCCUGUUAGGUCGACUCCCAAAUUGCUCCCUACUCCGUAUAAUAGUGCACUACACUCGCGUAUGAAAUAAUGCCCCUCGAUCCCUAUGUAGUGCCCUAUGUGUGAAGAGGGCGUCGUUUAUGAUUUAGCCUUAGUUUAGCUUGCCGCGUCCCAGCAAAAUAACGUUGCCGUCUUUCAUUUUCUUGGCGGGGAGAGAGAGAAGGAAGGGAAGGGAAGGGAAGUGGAGAGAGAGUGAGCUGGGGAAGGAGGGAGGGAGGGAGGAACUCCGGGCGCCUGUAUUUGGACGCCAUCCUCAAAAAAGGCGCCCUUCUUUUGAAAGGAAGAGAAAACGGAACUGCAGUGAAGGCACCGUGUUCCUACACACUAAUGCAGGACUAAGGACAAUCCAGAUAUAACUGAAUCAUGAAAAAACCGGUGCCAGCAAAAGAAAAUGAAGAACGAAGAAUGCGCAUCAGUUAUCGAGUGGAAAGAUGGAAGACGGAUCAAGCAUUCCCGCAGUGGGCGGCCCUCACGGGUUCCCUCACAGUAUCAAGCAAUGUAGAUUACUUUCUCCACUCCCAGAGCCUCAGCUGAAAGGCCACUUCAGUUGGGAUAAGUAUUUGAAAGAGACAGGUGCUAUAGCUGCUCCGCCCCACUGUUUCAAACAGAGCACUACACCCCCAGUCAAUGAGUUCAAGGCAGGAAUGAAGCUGGAAGCUCAGGAUCCCAGGAACACCACUUCUACUUGCAUCGCUACAGUGGUGGGGCUGACCGGCUCACGUCUUCGGCUGCGCCUCGAUGGAAGUGACAACAAAAACGACUUCUGGCGCCUGGUGGACUCGUCUGAGAUCCAGCCCAUCGGUAGCUGCGAGAAGAAUGGAGGCAUGCUGCAGCCACCCCUGGGGUUCCGUCUGAAUGCGUCAUCCUGGCCCAUGUUCUUACUGAAGACACUCAACGGUGCCGAGAUGGCACCAGCACGCAUCUUUCACAAGGAACCUGCUUCUCCAGAGCAGAAUCAUUUCCAGGUGGGGAUGAAGCUGGAGGCGGUGGACAGGAAGAACCCUCAUUUUAUCUGUCCUGCCACAGUGGGGGCACUACGAGGAGUGGAGGUGCUGGUCACCUUCGAUGGCUGGAGGGGAGCUUUUGACUAUUACUGCCGUUACGACUCCAGAGACAUUUUUCCUGUAGGCUGGUGCACUCUCACUGGAGACAACCUUCAGCCGCCUGGCACUAAAGUGGGUUUGCCAAGGCCACUGGGUGCUUCAGGUGUGCUACCUGACAGCAGUGUGGAGGGCACAGACAUGCACAUGCCCCCGGCGCCCAUCAGGCCUCCUGCCCAGAAGCGCCGUAAACCUGGACGCAAGAAAAGCAAGCCAUCCAGCUCCUGGGCUCAGAAAGAUAGCACCUCUACUGAGGUACCCCACACAGAUCAGCCUGGAAAUGGACCGGAACCUGUGAAAAUCCCGAAGAAGAGAGGGCCCAAGCCUGGGAGUAAGAUGGGUUGGGUUAAGCAUGCUGCAUGGUUGGAAGGGGCAAUGGCAGGUCCUGGCAGACCCAGAGGCCGAACAUCAGCUAACUGGACUCAGAAACCGCAUCAACAGAAUGAGAUAGAAUCUAUCAAGAUCCCAAAGAAGAGAGGCCCCAAACCUGGCACCAAGAGAAAACAGCGUGUGGCAUCUGACCCAGUGCCGACAUCCCCCACCAGUAGCACUCCAGAGCCUGACACCAGCUCAGUGCCUCUGGAUAACGCCACCAUCCCCAGCGCUGCCAUGCAGGCUCCAACAGUAUGUGUGUAUCUGAACAAACAGGGGAAGGUGGGUCCUCACUUGGACGCACGGCGCGUGCAGACUCUGCCAGAUCACUUUGGGCCUGGACGGGCGUCCUCAGUGCUGCAGCAGUGUGUUCAGGCCUGUGUGGACUGCGCACAUAAUCAGAGGGUUGUCUUCUCCUGUCUCAAACCAGGUCAUGGAGGAGAGCUCAUCUCGGCCCACUUUGAGCAGAAGCAGCACACUCUUACGUUGCCAGCAGUGAACAGUGUGACAUAUGUGUUGCGCUUCCUGGAGAAGCUCUGCCACAAUCUGCGCUGUGAACCACUAUUCGGCAACCAGCCAGUGCCCCUGGGAGGAGGUCACUACGACAGCCACAACUACACAGAGAGGAGGAGCUUUUCAGAGUGUCUCAGUUCAGGACCAGGUCGAGGGGCAAAGAGAUUUCUGUCAGACUCCUGCAGCAGCAGCUCCCUGCCACACAAAAUGGCUAAAAGCCACUGCCUCUCAUCUGAAGAGUCUUUUCUGGUGGAGAAUGGAGGCGCGGAAAACUUGGAGAAAAUGCAACUGUCCCCCAGUAAGCCUCUGAGUUUGCAUCUUCACUCCCAGAGCACCAUCUCUCCUGGUCAGCUAUGUCGCCUUGGCUCUGCAGGUUCAGAGCGUUUCCUGAACUCCAGAGAGAGCCCUCGGCCCAGUGGGCAGGAUCCAAACCUGUGGACGGUGGAGGACGUCAUGCACUUCAUCAGAGAGCUGGACCCUCAGUUGGGCCCACAUGCAGAGCUUUUCCGCAAACAUGAGAUUGACGGAAAGGCUCUGCUUUUACUGCGAAGUGACAUGAUGAUGAAGUACAUGGGCCUGAAGCUCGGUCCCGCCCUCAAACUCACCUUCCACAUCGAUAAGCUGAAACAGGGUCGCUAAGCAUGAGAGGCUGACCUUUAACGCCUUCUCUACUCCACCAAGCACAUAGCAUCGUGGAAACUUAGUCCACUGAAGCUUACUGAAGCAUUACUGUCAUUACAGUGGUCAUUUCUGAGUGUGUGUCAUUUUUUUUUUUUUUUUUUUUGUCUGUUACCUGUUUGUGUCUCUUUGUUCUUAUUUGUUUUGGUGCCCAUUACAUGUAGCCCGACCCCCCCUUGUCAUGAUAGGGUCAGUAAAUUAACGCACAUCUCUCUCCACAACGUUCAGUGUGUUGCUGUUUUUGCCAGGUCUUGAGCUAUGCAGGAUCAGAGCAGCAUGGACAGUAGGCAGGCCAUUUUUAGGCCUCCGUUUUUUUAAUACUUUCUUAUUUUUAUCCUCAGUAGCUGCAAUCAAAAAGGGCUUGGAUAUUUUUUCCUACAGUAUUCUUUUAACAGAGAUCACACAAACACUAGAUCUGUCCCACUGAACUUUGGGACUGGUUCUAAUUCAUGUCUCACUCUGAGGCACUUUCAUAUCUAAUACUGUACUUUAUACAUACCUAUACACCUAACCUGCAAUUAAUGCCAUGAUGAACUGCAUCUCGUUUGUAUGUGUCUGUGGUUAAAUUGUAUUUUUUUUUUUUUUUACACAUUUUUAUACUAUAUUGUUAGAGUUCAUACAUUGUGAUAAGACUGAAAUAAAAAUAUGAAGUCGUUUGACAGAUUUUAAAACUGUGUUCUUGCAUCUUGUUUGGUGUUUUGUUCAAGAAUGCCAUUUCAUGACCUGCAGGAAGACUUGAGUACGAGCAUAUUCAAUUCACCAUUUUGAAGAUGCUCAGCAGUAUCACCUAUACGUUUAGAGCCAACACAAGGGGGCAGCAAAGCCUUUGUAGUUUCUCAGGAUUUCUUUGUCUAUCUCAGUGCAUAAAAUCCCUCACACAUUUUCUGCAUUAAAGAGCAGCUUUACCAGCCUGUAUGCAUGUUCCCAUGCUAGGUGAACCACAGAAAGACACGUUCCAAAAGAAUGCUUCCUUGCAGGCAGAAAACAGGGAUGAAUUGAAUCAUUCUGACAGCUCAGGUAUAUGAAGCUGUUUAUAGUGUUUUACUACCUGAACAAUACAGGUAACUUAAGUCUGAACCUGUAUAGUCCAUAUACAGAUAUUUACAAGGUAAAUAUCUCAGUAGACAAUGUUUGUUUUUCCUUUUUGAAGUAAUUUUGUUGCCAUAGUAUUGACUCCACACAGUAUAGCAUGGUUCUGAAAUCUUUACCAAAUACACUCUUGUGUAACGCAUCUGUUAAUGUCAUUAGGAAUACAUAAAACCUUUUUCAGUUUAUUUAUUUACUAGGCAUACUGAAAUUACUGCAUUUUUAUACUAGACUGUUUCCUUUCUGUUGUUGCAUGUGUAUAUAACAUUGGGGCAAGUUAUGUUACCGCACUUGAAUUUUCCUGGAAAUUAGUUAAUUAAUGUAACAUUUGUUUUCCGUAUCAUUCUGCUGGGAUGUUCAACUUUUGUUCUGUUAGUUUUGCUGUGAUUCAGUGCUGUGCUUUUUUCCCCCCUUCCUUCCUUUUCUUA